UAAAAUUGUGCUGAAGUUUGGUUCUUUAUAAUUUAAUUCUAAGAAAGGGCGACAUUUUUUUUCUUAAUAUUAGUUCCAGAAAUAUCAGUUGUUUCAAUAUUAAUGAAUGUUAAUUAAAAGUUGAAGUAUAUGUUUUAUAUCGCUUUAUACGAAUUGAAAACAAAUUGCUGUAAAUAUCAUCCCAAGAAAUGCUACCAGCAAAAAGGAGCAAAACUACAGACGCAGAAGUUGAUCUUGAAACCGGUAAUGAAGAAAAUUUAAACAAAUUAACUAAUUCAGAUAGCAAUGAAUCGACUGAAACGCGUGAGGGAUGCAUUGUGAAUACGUCUUUGAGUGAUUCUGGUAAAAACAAUUCUGGUAACAAUUCUCCAGCCAGUUUUGAAAUGAAUCUGGUGCCAGUUUUAAGUGACUCUACUUUACACGAACAAUGUGUUCAAAAUACAGAUAUCGAUAUUGAGGACGAUGUGCGAAAAAUAGUUAAUAGUGUAAAAGAAACUACUGCCGCCUUAGAUGCAAUUGAUGAACAGAGAGAAACCGAGCUAGAUGCUGUUAUGCGUCAAGCGCCUAAACUAAAUCCUGAUAUUUACGACAACUAUGAUAAAUAUGGAAGAAUUGAAUUUUUAAAACAUAUGAGAAUGCUUUUUAAACGCUCGGAAGGUGACAUUUAUGAACUAAAUAAAAAAACGAAAUCCAAUUAUUGUGCCAUAUCGGAUGCUCUAUACGAUUUAUUAAUAAAUGGCACAAAAUCUAAGUUAAAGAAAGAAAGUGUUUUAAGUACACUUGCUGAAGUUAUAAGUUUGCAUAAAGAUUUUGGCCCGUUAGUAUUAGAUAUGUUCAACGCGGUCGAUGCAGAAACUUUAGUUAUUGUUGAGGAGGUACCAGAACAACGUGAUGCAUUUUUACGUAUUUUAAAAGAUCUUGAUAGAAUUGUGCCUGAAGCAUUGAUCAAGGAGCGUUUAGAGAUUGAUACACUACAAGAUGUUGGUAUUGUUAAAAGGGUGUUCUACACAAAAUUCAUUAAAAUCAAAACAAAGUUAUAUUAUAAACAACGUCGCUAUAAUUUAUUCCGCGAAGAAACUGAAGGAUAUGCAAAACUAGUUGUAGAAUUAAAUCCAGACUUUGAUGAGGAGAUCACUGCUGAUUCAGUCAUGGAUAUUUUAAAAUCAUUAAUAGGUUGCUUUAACUUGGAUCCCAAUCGUGUGGUCGACAUAAUAUUGGAAACACUUGAAUCAUGUCCCGAGUAUCAUAAAUUCUUUGUGGAUCUUAUACAUGAAUAUAUGCCAACCGAUACGAUUAUAACCGAUUUAAUGGGAUACAAGUUUCGCCAUUUUUCUCAGGAAGAGACUCCAGAUUCUUUAUAUCAUACAUGCGCCUUACUAGUAAAACAUAAAAUAAUCGACAUUAAUGAGAUAUAUUUAUGGUUGAGUCCCACUGAUGCAGAAAUCCGUAGCGCCUGGGAAAACUCUUUAGCAGAAGCGAGAGAGUAUAGCCGUAGAUUAAAUAUAAUUUGCACAAAUAAAGAGAAGGAGAAAGAAAAUGAAAAGGAGAAAGAAAAGGACAAAGAAAAAGAAAAGGAGAAAGAAAAGGAUAGAGAUAAAGAAAAUGACAAAGAUAAUAAAGAUAAAGACAAAGAAGAAACUUCUACUGAGGCAGAGAAUUUAGAAGAUGAUCAACACAAUAGUAUUGAAAAACAAAAAUUGGACUCGUAUAGAAAGAAUCAGAAAUUUAUGCUUUGUGAACAUCUUUUACUUGUUGGGGAUUGGGAGAAUGCAUUUCAAAUUAUACAAAAAUUACCUCAACAGUGCGUUAUUAUUAAUGAACGAAUCGUAGUAGCAUUAGCUGACAUAAUUCAUAUCAGUCUUGAUCAUUUAUACUAUGAAAACUUUUCAAUAGCUACACGUGUUGAAAGAGCACUUAACUCAGAUAAAGAGUUGGUUGAAAAAUAUGAGGCACGCACAUUUAGUGAAUUGCGCAAAUAUGCCUUUCCGAUGGCAAUUCAACUAGGAGCGUCCAUUUAUUAUGAUACUGUGCUUAUGUAUAAAUUAAUACGGUUGUUUCGUAUAAUUUUUGUGAAUAUGGGCAUCGAUAAUCUAAAUCCUCCUGUUGACAAAGAAGCUGAAAAUUUAUAUUAUGCUGUGAUAUCUGUACUUGACGAAUGCCUUUUGCCCGCUUUAUCCUAUUUAAACUUCAAUUGUCCUAUUGCCGAAGAAAUUUGGAGUGUUUUAAAAAUGCUGCCAUAUCAUUUUCGAUAUGGUAUAUAUGCACAUUGGAAAAAUGAAUCAUAUAAAAGACAUCCAGUAUUGAUACGCCAACGGGGUGACGCAUUGCAAAAAGUUAAAGCCUUAAUGAAACGUGUAAGCAAAGAAAAUGUAAAGCCAGUUGGAAGGCAGUUUGGAAAGUUAAGUCACAAUACGCCUGGCACGUUAUUCGAUUAUGUUUUAGUGCAAAUACAAAUUUAUGACAAUUUAAUAGGUCCUGUAGUUGAUUCCCUGAAGUAUUUAAAUUCGCUGUCAUUUGAUUGUUUGGGAUAUUCUAUAAUUGAAACCCUAACAGUGGCUGACAGAAAUCGAAUAAAGCAUGAUGGUACUUCAAUAUCGUUGUGGUUACAAAAUAUAGCAUCUUUCUGUGGUGCGGUAUUCAAAAAGUACAAUAUCGAAUUAAGCGGUUUACUGCAAUAUGUGGCAAAUCAAUUAAAAGCACAAAAAAGUUUGGACUUGUUAAUACUUAAAGAAAUAGUACAGAAGAUGUCUGGUGUGGAGUCGGCAGAAGAGAUGACAAAUGAACAGUUAAACGCAAUGUGUGGCGGUGAAUUAUUACGCGGAGAGGCUGGUUACUUUAGUCAAGUCCGUAACACAAAGAAGUCAUCCCUACGCUUAAAAGAAGCAUUAGCCAAUAACGAUUUAGCUGUCGGUAUUUGUUUGCUGAUGGCACAGCAGAAGCAUUGCGUAAUUUACCGUGAAACUGCUGAAAGUCAUUUAAAACUUGUCGGAAAAUUGUAUGAUCAAUGCCAGGAUACUUUAGUACAAUUUGGUACGUUUUUGGGUUCAACGUAUACUGUUGAUGAGUAUGUUGAACGUUUACCGUCUGUGGUAGCCAUGUUGCAAGAGUAUCACAUUAACGCUGAUGUAGCAUUCUUUUUAGCAAGACCUAUGUUUGCUCAUCAAAUAAAUCAAAAGUAUGAUUUGUUACGUAAAGCCGAUCCUAAUGCCAAAAAAUUAACGAGUACACAGAAACAACAAAAAUAUAUGGAUGCCACAUAUGAUAUAUGGUACCCAAUAGUUGAUUCCGUGCGUCCACUUCAUGGUUUAAAGGUGUGGGAAGAUAUAAGUCCACAAUUUUUCGUAACAUUUUGGUCAUUAAGUAUGUAUGAUCUACAAGUGCCUACAGAGAGUUAUCAGAAGGAAAUUGCUAAACUGAAGUUACUAUCAACACAAAUAUCAGACGCAAAAGAUUCGGUAAUUAAAAAUGCAUCAAAAAACAAGAAAGAACAUGAGCGAUAUCUUGCUCUUAUGGAGAAACUACAGGACGAGCGCAAGAAACAACAAGAGCAUGUCGAUAAAAUUUUACAACUACUACAACAGCAGAAAGAUACUUGGUUCCUUUCACGUUCCGCUAAAUCCGCUAAAAAUGAGACUAUAACGCAGUUUUUGCAGUUGUGCGUUUUUCCAAGGUGUACUUUUACUGCCCUUGACGCACUAUAUUGUGCUAAAUUCGUGCAUACCAUACAUAAUUUGAAAACGGCUAAUUUCUCUACACUUUUAUGCUAUGAUAGAAUAUUUUGUGACAUAACAAUAAGUUUAACUUCAUGUACUGAAAAUGAAGCUACACGUUAUGGUCGUUUUCUUUGUGCGCUUUUAGAAAUGGUAAUGCGUUGGCAUGGAAAUCAGGAUAUUUUUAAUAAGGAAUGUUCACUUUAUCCUGGAUUUGUUACCAAGUUUCGUGUUAGUAAUCAAUUUUCAGAGGCCAAUGAUAAUGUUGGUUAUGAGAAUUAUCGUCACGUCUGUCAUAAGUGGCAUUAUAAAAUCACGAAAGCGAUUGUGUUUUGUUUAGAUUCAAAGGAUUAUAUGCAAAUACGCAAUGCAUUUAUUAUAUUAAUGCGCAUUUUGCCAUAUUAUCCCGUUCUUGUGAAACUUGGUCAAAUUAUAGAACGAAAAGUAGAGAAAGUUAGAGAAGAAGAGAAAAACAAACGUCCAGAUUUAUUUGUAAUUGCUACAAGUUAUAUAGGGCAAUUGAAACAUAAAGCAGCACAAAUGGUUCUGGAAUCAGAUUUCCAUCAUGUUGGUGAUAGACCGCAGCCAAGUACAUCAAGUGCUAGUUCAGUUGUUAGUCAAAACUCAACUAAUAAUCCAAGAGUUCCGCCAUCCAACACAAUGCAGCAAGCUUCAAUUAAUACUACCGCAUCUGUUAACCAAACGGUUGGUAAUGCAAUAGAAACUAUAAUAUCUAAGCCGGUUCCCAACUUAACUAUAAUCAAGAGUGUAGAUAAACGGGAGAAAGAUAUGAUGAUGGACAAACCGAAAAUUGUUAAAAUUUCUACAGUUUCAUCCAAUGUCAAUGUUAGUAACGCUUUAUCAAAUUACUCUAACAUAAAAGAGCGUGAAGCGAAACUCAUAAACUCGCUUAAUACUAAUAUGAAUGCGCCUAACGCUAUGAGCACGAUAUCUUUAAAUCGUAAUGUAACGACUAUUGAAAUUAAGGAUGAUUCCCUUGACUAUUUACAGAAUGAUCGACAGUUAGUUGCUAGUACAGCGCGCGUUUUAAAGAAAAAAGAUAAAAUCGAUGAGCGGGAAAGCGAACGAGCACGUGAUCGAGAGCGUGAACGUGAACGAGAGCGAGAACGAGAACGAGAGAGGGAGCGAGAAAGAGAACGUGAAAGAGAACGGGAAAGAGAACGUGAAAGAGAACGAGAAAGAGAACGUGAAAGGGAGCGUGAAAGAGAUCGGGAUAGAGAUCGUGAACGUGAACGUUCUCGAGAUCACAAAAUUUACAAUGAUGAGCAUGAGAGUAUUAGUACUAAAGAUGUAAUUCGUAAAAAACGUCGUGACAAUACACCUAUGGUGGAAGUUGGAGAUAUUGCAGAUAAACAUUAUAAUGAAUAUGAGCGAGAACAUGUGCGCGAUCGGGAUUUAAGUUCUGUCUCCAAUGAAAGUACCGUUUCAUCAAUACGUCGAACUCAAAGUCUGGAUGACUACGAAAAAGAUUCAAAACGGCGUAAAAUGGAAACAAUAUUAAAUCCAAAGAAAAAUGCACCAGAUAGUCCUGUAUUGCACAGCAAAAAGGAACGUACAUUCAAGAUGAAAGAUUCUCGUAAAGAAAAAUCCAAUGUUGAGGACAAAGAUGGUCGGAAAGAGCGUAAACUAGGUCGUAAACGUAUACGUAUGGAAGAAGCUAGUAACGUUACAACUAAAAGAAGGCGAGAUGUUCCAAAUGGUGAUGAAGAUGGACGUGACAGAGAGAAACAUACAACUCAUACAAGAGAUAAAACACCACCGCAUGCUCGUGACAACCGGGAAAGGUCUCAUGAAAAUCGCGAUCGAAAUGCGCGCGAAGAUCGUCAUUACAAUUCAUCAAAAUCGUCACGCUCUUCCAGGGUUGCUUACUGAGCAUAUAUAACAACUAAGUUCAAAUAUUUUUAAUGAUAUAAUAUAAUAGUUAUUAUUUCAAUUUUUAUCAAUAGAGAAAUUUGUCUUUAAUGUACGUUUUGUAUACUA